ACACCAGAAGCACUUCUAAAUUGAAAUGUCAUCCUCUUAAAACAUAUUACAUGUCUUUUUUAAAGUAUAUGAGGUGGGGAGGGGCAGAGUGAGGAAAUAAGACCAUAAUUACAAUGUAAAACUUUUACUGAGGCUUGCUUAAUUAGAGAUUUGAGUAGCAGGAGAAUUAAAACUCUAGAUUAUUUUGUCAUUGGUAUUAAGCACCAGAAUAGGUUGGCUUCUUGGGGUGGGGGUGGAUAUUUAGUUUUCCAAGUAAGAUAUCAUUUAAAGAAAGUAUUUUACCAUUUUUUUAAUGUAAAAAAUCUCAUUUCAGCCUUCUGCCAAAUACAUAAAUAUCAUAUAUAUUCAAAGCAAAAAAUAUUGGUCCCUCCAGAAAAAAUUCUGAAAGGGAAUUUUUAUAGCCAGGACCCAAAUCUUGGCUGUUUAAAAAAAUUAUUUUCUUGCCAAAAAGCCUAGGAAAGAAGAAAUUAACAAGGUAGAUGAAAAUAAAUGCACCUUUAGAGAAUUGCUAUCUCAAUUAUAGAUUUCAUACUGGAUAUCUCUCCAGACAUUGAUAAGAAGCAGCAAGAAGCUUCACAUUCAGUGAAGGCUUAUUCCUGGAGGUUUUUGACACAUUCCACUUCUGUUUUCACGGCCAGCAAGAGGCACAGGAAGUUAAGAACAGUUGUAAUUCAUUCAGUGUUAGCUUUUUUUUAAGUUUUUAGUUAAAACCUUACAUCUGUAGGAUAAUAGGUAGAAUUUUCCAAAAGUAAUAUUACCUUUUUCUCUCUCCAGUAUCUGACCCCCAACCAACAUGUAGCAGUUGCUCAGUAAAUAUUGUUGAAUAAGUGAAAAGCAAGAGGUGAAAACCUCUGGAGUCAGAGAAAGAAUGCUAUGAAGGAUACCAUCACAUCACAAACACAAUAAUAUUUUUACUCCAAACCUCAAUAAGAAACAUGUUUUCCGUUGUGACCCAGUACCUACUUUUGGAGGUCUCUAUAUACAUGUUAAAACAAACAGAUCCUGUAAGGACAAUAAAGCCAUUAUAUGGCUAUCCCUGGACACUGCACACAGCCAGUUCCCUCUCUGCUGUGGUUGUCCUAGGAGCUCUGGCAACCACCAACACCAUUACCACCAGAGAAAGUGCUACAUCAUCAUCCAUGCUCUACAACACCAGUUCCUAUUGCAAAGCCUACGGUAUGAAAGAUGCCGCCGAGCUUCUGGGCCACCGGGAGGCGGUGAAGUGUAGGCUGGGCGUGGGGGGCUCCGACCCUGGGGGCCAUCCGGGGGACCUAGCGCCCAACUCCGACCCAGUCGAGGGAGCCACGCUGCUGCCCGGGGAGGACAUCACUACAGUGGGCUCUACGCCGGCCUCGCUGGCGGUGAGCGCAAAGGACCCGGACAAACAGCCGGGGCCCCAAGGCGGCCCGAACCCCAGCCAAGCCGGCCAGCAGCAGGGCCAACAGAAGCAGAAGCGCCACCGGACGCGCUUCACGCCCGCGCAGCUCAACGAGUUGGAGAGGAGCUUCGCGAAGACUCACUACCCCGACAUCUUUAUGCGCGAGGAGCUGGCGCUGCGUAUCGGGCUGACCGAGUCGCGAGUGCAGGUCUGGUUCCAGAACCGGCGCGCUAAGUGGAAGAAGCGCAAGAAGACCACCAACGUGUUCCGCGCGCCGGGAACGCUGCUGCCCACGCCAGGCCUGCCUCAGUUUCCGUCAGCCGCCGCCGCCGCCGCCGCCGCCAUGGGCGACAGCCUGUGCUCUUUCCACGCCAACGACACCCGCUGGGCGGCGGCCGCCAUGCCGGGCGUGUCACAGCUACCGCUGCCGCCGGCUCUGGGCAGGCAGCAAGCCAUGGCGCAGUCGCUGUCCCAGUGCAGCCUGGCGGCCGGGCCGCCGCCCAACUCCAUGGGCCUGUCCAACAGCCUGGCGGGCUCCAACGGCGCGGGGCUGCAGUCGCAUCUUUACCAGCCCGCCUUCCCCGGCAUGGUGCCCGCCUCCCUCCCCGGCCCCAGCAACGUCUCCGGCUCGCCCCAGCUCUGCAGCUCCCCGGACAGCAGCGACGUGUGGCGGGGCACGAGCAUCGCCUCCCUCCGCCGCAAGGCGCUAGAGCACACAGUCUCCAUGAGCUUCACUUAAUGCAGCCGCGCCCAGCCCGCUCCGCCCCCGGCGCCGCCCCCAGGGCCGCCCCGAGGUCCUUCGGCGCGCGCCCGGGCCCCCGCUCCCUGCCCGGGCCCCUGCCCCGGCGCCCUGCCCCAUCCCCUCCCGGCCUCCGCCACGUCUCGUUUUGUUCUCUCCUCUCUCGUUCGCUCUCUCGGGCUCACCCAAGCCCCAUCCCGCGAGGCCUCCCCUCCGCCUGAUUUCGCUCGCCCCGGUCCCUUCGCCCCCUCCCGCUCAGCUCCUCUUCCUGUCUCCCCUAAUCUUCCCUGGCGCCCUUCUCCCGCGCCUCACCGCGCCCUUUCCAGCUACCCCCGGCCACCCGGCUCGCACGUAGCGUGCUCUAGCCCUCCUCCCAGCCCUCCGACUGGCGGCACUCUCACCUACACCUUCAACACGACGCCUACGACCCCCUCGCCAGCCGCCUCCCCUCCGGUCCCUUCUUUACCCGCACCUCACGCCCCUCCUCCCGCGCCCUGCAAAAAGCAUCCUUCCCGCCAUUUUACUUACCAGGGAGUCGACUCAGGAUCUGAAAUCAGACACCAAUGGACUGGUUUGUGGGCAGAAACACACACACUCGCAACUCUCGCUCACUCUCAGACACUACAUACACUCGCGCACACACACAUACACAGUGCACCUAGGUCACACACGGACGUGUUCAAGGGACAGCACAAUGUUAGGGAUUUUCGUCUUAAAGGAGGACAAGCAUCUGCUACAACCGCCUCAUCUGAGGGCCCAACUGAUAUAAUUUGAUUUGUCCCCGUAUUCUUUCUCCGAACUCCUCGUUUUCUUUCCUCUCCCACCACCCUACCCUUGCACCAUCCACCCAGUCACAUCCAUGCAGCCCUCUAUUGGCUUGCAAAAGAACACUUUUAUUUUAUCUUUUAUUUUUUUAAGCACAACUGUGUGAGGUUAUUGAAGGGAAGCCUUCUCAGGAGGAACAUGCCAGUGGAUUGGGUGGCUGGAGUAGACUAAAACAGUCAUAUGAUGAAGAAGAGGUGAUCUUACCCAUUUUGAUUAGUCUUUAUAAGGAAGAAUAAAGUAAACGUAAGAAAAAUUUCCUUUUGUAAAAGUAAAAGCCACAUCUCUCUUCUGGAUCCUUCAGGACUGGGGUUUGUUUGCUUCCUUUUCCGUUUUCUCUCUCCUCGAUGCUCUGUGCCCUAGGUUGUUUUGUGGUCGUCCUGUCGUCCCUCGUGCCCCUCGGCCACCGCCCUGGCCCUUGCCGGCUGCCGAUGGAUGCACUCGGACAUCUACAACCCUGCAACUUUGUACAGAGAAACACAAUCAGCUCUUUCUGCAUGUGCUGGUCAAAUCCAAACCCAGAGAACAGAAGCGCUUUCGAAGAAUGAACAAACAUGUGAAAUAGGAUGUUUUGUGUAGAUAAAGCAUUCUUGUUACAUACUGGUCAAUUUGUGAUAUGUUUUAACUUAUUGUCUGUGCUUAUUUAUGGAAUUUGGUUUUCUUAAUAAAUGUUUGAGCUAAUAUAAAGCAUAUUAUUUGACUUUU